GCGUACCUUGAAAUGUCGUCCCGAUAUCGUCAAUCAACGGCGAGAUCAAUACCAAGCAGGCCAUCCGUCGCGCCUACGCCCACACCCACGCCCGGCCGAAACAAUGCAGACGAGCUCCCACCGUACAAGAAACCCUCGCACCCGCUCGAUGAUACUGCGAAAACAGCCAUAGCAACUCUCCAAGGCCGGACAGACCUGAAAAAGCAUAGCAACAGUGCCAUUGGUGCGAUCAGCAGCGCUGCAGAGAAUAUCAAUGACAUGUUACACGGACAUACAGCGUAUAUCGAACGGCGCCAAAAGAAAUGGGAUGCGGGGAGGAAUCUCGAUACCAAGGACGAGGAGGAGCGUGAGAUGCGCGAGCUGCAGCAGAAAGUCAAGGAUGCUACAGAUGAACUUGAGCAGAGCAUGCGGGCGGUCAUCGAUUCGGGCGUCGCUGCACAGAGGAUUGAGGACGCGCUCGAGUGGUUGAGGCAGAACGCGCCGGCGCAGUUAGAGCAGGAGUACGAGACACAGAUGACACAGCGUGCGACACAGCGGCAGUCGCAAACCCAGAGGCUGGACGCAGACGGGGAUGUGGCCAUGGAUGAAGACGAGGAACCCACACCCGGUCCAACACCUGGUCCUACGCCUCUCGACGGCUCACGUGUAGCGCUCACAGGCGUCAGCCAGAUGUACGCAGAUCGCAUGCAGCGCAAGAAAGACGACUACACAUCCCUCUCCCUCACAGCGCGCUACGCAAGGAACAAUGACUACCGUGCGUUCAAGGGCCUUGUACACGAUGCGAUGUACGGUGACAGCGGCCCUGCGCUCGGACACGAAGACACAUGGUUUACUGAGACAGGGUCGCCAGCCCCAGGCGUCACCAACACACAGCGUGGCGCCUUUGAAGACGACGACGAUAUCAUUGUAGACAAGGUGAAGAUGAGCACAACAUGUCCCAUCACGUUUCAACAGUACAAAGACCCUAUCACAAGCAUGAAGUGUCCGCAUACUUUCGAGAAGAAUGCUAUCUUGGAUAUGAUAAGGAACAGUAGUAAUCGGGUUGGCGGAGGUGGACAAAGAGGGAUGGGCGAGAAGGCGAUCGAGUGUCCUUGCACGGGGUGCUCGCAGAUGCUCACCGCGUCCGAUGUACGCACCGAUCCCAUCGUCGCCCGCAAAAUCCGGCGUCUGCAACAGGCAGAUGCGGAAGAAGCGGCGGAGAGCGACGACGACGACGACGAUGAUGAUGAUGAGAUCGCAGUUCCGAGACACGGUCCUGUCCAGCUAGAUGGAAGUAGCGAUGACAAGUUCAAGGUGCCCUCCAGAAUGCAGGCCCCUGCUUCACAACAACCACCGCAGAGCUCAAUCAUCGAGGACUUGGGGGAUCCGAGUGAUGAAGAUGAAGAUGAAGACGAAGAUGAAGACGAGGACGAGUAAAUGGGAGAGCUAUGAGGUUGACAUGUUGCAACGCUUAGCUCAACUCGGCGCAGGUAAUCUGUACUCGAAAGAAUCAACCUAUGGCAAUCAAACCCAG